AUGUCUCUCAAGAUCUGGAGACAGAAUCUCUUCAAUGAAAAAGUCCUUCGAGAGAUAGGGGGCUUCGUCAUCCGGCACAGAGGUAGCCCGGCAGAAGAACUGUUUAAUCCACAAAAAGUGUCAUUCAAUAUAAUGUCCCGUAUGAAGUUUCUAGAUGGCGGUUCUGCUAUGAUCCGCUUUCCGAUCCCCGCUGUUUCUAUGUUUCCCGAAGAGAAGGCCCAACAGGAAAUGUCUGUGAUGCGAUUUAUUGAGCGGCAUACCAGCAUAUGUGUCCCUUAUGUCCUUUAUUACGGCAUGGCCGACCGGAGCCCAGUCGGACCUGGGCCUUUCAUCAUCAUGGAAUUUAUUGAGAACGAUUCGGACCUCGUUGAUGCACUAAAUACCCCGGGUCUCCAAGUUGAUGAGCGGUGUAUUCUAGAUCCAAAUGUUCCAGAAGAUCGACUGGCAGACUGCGAUCGGCAUAUAGUGAUAUGGCAGAUAUCUUAUUCCAGCUGGCCAGAAAAUCCAUUCAACGAAAUUGGCUCCAUCAAAAAUCAGGAAGACGACGAUUUUGAUGAUGAAUGGGUAGCUGCGUACCGUCCUCUCACUCUAAAUAUGAACGAACUUGUUCAACUUGGAGGUUUACCUCUGGAACUGCUACCGCAGACCUUUAGGACUGCUUCUGCGUACCUCCUGGCACUUGCAGAGAUGCGCAUGCCCACUUAUCUAUACAGCGCAAUGAUGCAGUCGAAUCACCGGAAGACUGCAGACGCAAAUAUAUCGCUAGAUGUUUGUUCCGGAAACUGGCCCGAGAAAAUCGCUUAUGUUCUUACGAUCAGGGUCCCUUCAAGCUUCUCUGUGACGAUUUUCGACCCGCAAAUCCCACCGUCGUGGCUACUUCUAGAGCGCCCAGAAUACUGGAAAGGGGUCCUUGGUGAAUGGACAGGACUUUAUGGGAGGCGCCUUCCAUUCGAUCGCCGGUUCUUUGGGGACGGUGACCUGGAGGAUAGAUUAGAACUGCUCACCUCGACAGAGAGAAACACUCUUGAUGUUUUCGUGAAGAGAAAGCUUGCGGAGAAGAACGCUCGCACUCUAUAA